AUGUCUUUUCAAAACUUUGAUUCUCUUGCUGGUGUAGGCCUGGAUUUCACCGACGAGGUUGAAAUAGCGACAGAAGCGGCACCGGCAAGGCGCUUUACUGUCUACGGCGGUGCCGCUCCUCCUCCUCCUCCUCCCCCUGCGCAUCUGCACCUGUUGUACGAGAUGCAGCCGGAUCGGAGUUCGAUGACAACUGCAGAGCGGGCCCUCCACUCCAACCCCCAUGUUAUCAGUUCCAGAGGGUUCGAUCGAGGAAUGGGAGAUGCUAUCACCUUCCAAUCGGGUAUCGCACGAAUGAACGACGAUAUCGGUGUCGGGGUGGACGGGAUGAACAGUGUAUCCGAGAGGAACUAUUCGCAGCCCAAUGGGGAGUUAGUCAUUCCGGCAUCUCCACAAAUGCAUCAACAUGUUCCCGCCUCCGGUCCCUUUCAAUGUGGUUGGGCAGGUUGUAACUUCCGCGGUCGCUUCGCUCAGAAAAGUAGCCUUUGGCGACACAUUCAAACGAAACACAUCCCCCACGACUGGCAUUUGUGUGCUGUCUGUAGGAGAGCGUUCAACCGCAGGGACAAGGUUAUGGAGCACAUCCGUACUGCUCAUGGUCUGAAUCGGAGUUUCUGA